AUGGUUGGAUCACCCAAAGGCCAUCCACUCUCUUCCUGGUGGCAAAAAAUCACAUUAUGUAAAAGACUCUUAUUUGAUGUGAAAUAUUCAGGCAUUAUUUUAUCUAGUUCGGUUAACUUCUCAGUUAUUAUUUCUUUACCACAAACUAAACUUACUUCAUUAGUUCUCUGUUCCAUUUUUGCAAGACUAUCACUUACAGUUUUAUUUCUUUUAGAAGAUAACUGUAUGAAUUUAGUGACAGUAUACUCAAUGUUAUUACUAACAAAAUCUAAUUUUACUUCAGCUCUCACAUCUAAUGACUUAUUCAUCUUUGGAUUGUAA